CGCGAACCCACUUUCUUCGUUUCAACUUUCUCUCUGUAAAUCCCCCAAUAUGUCUGAUUCCGAAAAACACGUGAGCAAGCGAACAUGUCUUAAGUCGAAGCGUUCUCGUUUCAUCUUGGCAAUCGUGGUCCUUAUUGUGAUUAUUGCUGCCGUUGUUCCCUCCGUUGUGGUCACUACUCUCCGCAAGAAAAACAACAUGGGUCCGAAAGCGAAGGUGUUCGUUCCACUUUACGUAUAUCCUGCGCCUGAGGCGUGGGCUCCGCUGGAAAAUGUGAUAUCUGCCCACCCCAAUGUCAACUUUACCGUCGUAAUCAAUCCAGGAAAUGGUCCAGGGCCUGACUCUCUCCCGGAUGGCAAUUACACCCGUGAGAUCCCAAAGCUCACUGCUUACGACAAUGUGCGUGUUUUGGGCUAUGUUUAUACCUCAUACGGAAAGCGCAAUGUUUCUGCUGUUCGCAAGGAUAUCCAAACCUAUGCGGACUGGCCGACUAAUUCCUCCGACCCCAACCUUGCGGUUCGCGGAAUCUUCUUCGAUGAAACCCCUCAGCAAUACGAUUCUCAAACCUUGAAGUAUCUGCAAGGGUUGACAGACUUUGUCAAGGACCUUGGUCCUGAUCAAUUUGUUGUCCAUAAUCCCGGCGCUGUCCCAGAUUCUCGGUACCUUGCAACAGCUGAUUCAACUGUUGUGUUCGAAGCUGCCUACACUACUUUCCAGGAAAGGCAAGGCGCCAAGCUGUUCACCAACAUCGCGGACAGCAAUCGUUCCCAACUUUGCGCCAUCGUUCACUCGGUGCCUGAAUCUGUUGAGGGCAAGGACCUUCGCAGUCUGGUCAAGCAGGUGCGCAAGGUUGCGGAUGAGGUGUACAUCACCCAUCUCAGCACAGACUAUUAUGCCUCGUUCGGGGCCAAGUGGACUGAGUUCGUCGAUCUGAUGGCAGCUUAGGGGUAUGAAUUUCUGUUCUUAGAUUACUCGCUUUAGUUUGAUGUGCACAUAUUCUUUUUGGUAUAGCUAGCAUGUUUUCACAUUUGGUUUAAUGAUUCUACGAGUUGAUUUUUAGACUAAUUUUUAGUCCAUAUGAAUUUUCAUGAUCUGCGC